GAUGAUUGUGUUCGUGCCUGGUAUUAGUUCAAGCAAAAUCAAAAUCGUUUCAGCCUCGUUUAAUAUGGAUCAUAAAAGCCUUUGCACAUGAUUAGUGCAGAGCUAACUACACGUAUAAUCUCUGGCAAGGAGCAUUGGGACACAGCUAAAGGACAGUCACAAUGUCUUUAAACUGCUGGACAAUUCCUACUCUACUGGGUGCUUUUAAGUUGAACUGCAAGGGACUGGCGUGCCUCUUGGUUCUUGCAGUGAGUGUUUGUGGCAAUGCCUCGGGGAUGUGUCCGACAGCCUGCAUCUGCGCCAGCGACAUCGUGAGCUGCACCAAUAGGAACCUCUCCAGGGUGCCGGGAAAUCUUUACAAGUGUAUAAAAAGACUGGAUCUGAGUUACAACCGAAUUGGGUUUUUGGAACCUGAAUGGGUUCCAGUACUGUUUGAGAAACUGAACACUUUAAUAGUCAGUCAUAACAGCAUUAGUAGUAUUAUCACUGGAAGUUUUUCCACAACCCCAAAUUUGAAGUACCUAGACUUGUCAUCCAACAGCCUGAAGUCGCUGGGCAGCCCUUUGUUUCAGGAGCUGAGGGCCCUGGAAGUGCUCCUGCUUUACAACAACCACAUAAUGCAGAUAGAGCCUUCAGCCUUUGGAGGAUUGUACAAAUUGGAAAAGCUGUACCUGAGCUACAACUUACUCUCACAUUUUCCACUGGACUUGUACAUUGGAAAGCAUAAAUUGACAGAACUGGCGUUGCUGGACGUUUCCUUUAAUCACAUUCAGGCGAUGCCUAUUCAGCGCCUGAGUUCAGUGCCAGCCAAGUAUCUAAGUGGAAUUUAUCUUCACGGCAACCCAUUUUAUUGUGACUGUACCCUCUACUCCAUGCUGAUCUUCUGGUAUCAGAGGCACUUCAGCCCUGUGGUGGACUUCAGGAACGAGUACUCCUGUUCAUUGCGGUCGGAUCCAAGAGGUUACAACAAGCUGCCUUUACUGCACGACAACUUUCUGAAUUGCUCAGAAAGCACCAUCAACAGCUCUUUCCAAGCCUUUGGGUUCAUUCAUGAUGCGCAGGUUGGCGACAGACUGGUUGUGCCCUGUGACAGCAGGAUCAGCGAUGCAGGCACGUACUUCGUUUGGCUGAGCCCAGACAACCGGCUGCUGGAGCCAGACAGGGAGACUGACAACUUCAGGGUGUUCCACAAUGGGAGUCUGGAGAUAACGGAUGCCCAGCUGGAGGACUCCGGGCUGUAUUCCUGCAUUGCAAUAAAUAAGAAAAGACUCCUGAAUGAAACCAUAGAGGUUAGAAUAAAUGUCAGCAAUUUCACAGUGAACAGGUCCCAUGCUCACGAAGCAUUUAACACAGCUUUUACCACCCUCGCUGCCUGUGUAGCCAGUAUUAUUUUAGUACUGCUUUAUCUCUAUCUGACCCCAUGUCCGUGUCAGUGUAAGACAAAAAAGAGAAAGAGAAAGCUCAACCAAAGCGGUGCCCAUUCGUCCAUCCUGAACUCCACGCCGCCACCAGAGCUGCCUGCUGAUGAGAAGAAGGCAAGCACCGGUAAGAGGGUGGUUUUCCUGGAACCCGUGAAUGAACCAAAGCAUGGUCAGAAUGGGAAAGUAAAACUGUUUCCUAAUGACAAUGUCAUUGCGGAGAGUAUCUUAAAAACUACCCGAACAAAAUCUGACUCUGAUUCUGUCAACUCUGUGUUCUCAGAUACACCUUUCAUGCCAUCAACUUAGUUUGCUGCCUGUAUUUGUAUUGUGCAGUUACGUUUCUGAAUACCUCCUUUGCUUGUAGCAACCAUCAGGAAAAAAAUAAAAUAAAAUAAAAAUAAAAAGAGGAAAAA